UUCCCCCAGAUCUGUCCACGUUGUUUUCCAUGAAUCGUUGCAACACGUAAAACACAUUUGUCUCGUUGAUUUAAGGUUUUUAUUGGGUACAUUUCGAAAUAAUAAUUGGAAGAGAGCGAGGAUAUCAGUGGGCCGUGCGUGACAUCACACAUUCAUAGGUUAGCUAGCAGCUCUGGACUCCGUCUGUGUUGGGGGGAUGGGGCCGUUCUGAGGAUGAUACAGCUCUCGUGGUCUUGUAAUUUAGUGCAGGGCAAAAAAAACUACUUUUGAACUGAGCCACUUUUACUGUUUGAUAUAGUAAGAUAGAGUGCCCGAUUACGUAUGUCUUUUGGAGACGUUUGAAAGGAAUAAAGUGGAGUACCAGACCAGCCACGGUGCACGCCGAAAAAGGACAAAAUGUAUUCCACUCCUGGUGCUGCCGAGAUACUUGAAGGACCCCAUUCCUCUGGGUCGAUGGGCUCUGACCCCUCUGAUCCAGACCCUCCAUCUCCUCCCGUGCCCGAGUAUGUGUUCAAACCGCCCUCCCGGCCGGACUUCGGCACCAUGGGAAGGACAAUCAAACUGCAGGCCAACUUCUUUGAGAUGGAGAUCCCCAAACUGGAGGUGUAUCACUAUGACAUCGACAUCAAGCCAGAGAAAUGCCCCAGGAGGGUGAAUCGUGAAAUCGUUGAGCACAUGGUACAGCACUUUAAAACGCAGAUCUUUGGGGAUCGAAAGCCAGUGUACGACGGGAGGAAGAACCUCUACACUGCCAUGCCUUUACCUAUAGGCAGAGAAAAGGUGGAGCUGGAGGUGACCAUCCCAGGCGAGGGGAAGGACCGCAGCUUUAAGGUGGCCAUCAAGUGGGUGUCGUGCGUCAACCUGCAGGCUCUCCACGAGGCGCUGUCCGGACGCCUGCCCAACAUCCCCUUCGAGACCAUCCAGGCUCUGGAUGUGGUCAUGAGACACUUGCCCUCUAUGAGGUACACCCCUGUGGGCCGGUCAUUCUUCACCCCCUCUGAGGGCUGCUCCAACCCCCUGGGAGGGGGCCGCGAGGUCUGGUUCGGCUUCCACCAGUCAGUCAGACCCUCCCUCUGGAAGAUGAUGCUGAACAUUGACGUGUCUGCCACCGCGUUCUACAAAGCCCAGCCUGUUAUUGAGUUUAUGUGCGAGGUGCUGGAUUUUAAAAGCAUCGAGGAACAACAGAAGCCCUUGACCGACUCCCAGCGAGUGAAAUUCACCAAGGAAAUCAAAGGCCUGAAAGUGGAGAUCACUCACUGUGGUCAGAUGAAGAGGAAAUACAGAGUUUGCAAUGUGACCAGACGACCAGCCAGCCACCAGACGUUCCCCCUGCAGCAGGAAAACGGCCAGACCAUCGAAUGCACCGUCGCUCAGUACUUCAAGGACAAGUACAAGCUGAUCCUGCGCUACCCCCACCUGCCCUGCCUGCAGGUGGGGCAGGAGCAGAAGCACACCUACCUGCCCCUGGAGGUGUGUAAUAUAGUAGCUGGCCAGAGGUGCAUCAAGAAACUGACGGACAAUCAGACGUCCACCAUGAUCAGAGCCACGGCCAGGUCGGCCCCUGACCGACAAGACGAGAUCAGCAAGCUGAUGAGAAGUGCCAACUUUAACACCGACCCGUACGUGCGUGAGUUUGGAGUGAUGGUGAGGGAUGAGAUGACCGAGGUCAACGGCCGAGUCCUCCAGGCUCCCUCUAUCCUCUACGGGGGCCGGAAUAAAGCAAUAGCCACUCCGAUCCAGGGAGUGUGGGACAUGAGGAACAAGCAGUUUCACACCGGCAUCGAGAUCAAGGUGUGGGCCAUCGCCUGCUUCGCCCCUCAAAGGCAGUGCACCGAACUGCUGCUCAAGGCGUUCACCGACCAGCUGCGUAAGAUCUCUCGUGACGCUGGGAUGCCCAUCCAGGGCCAGCCCUGCUUCUGUAAGUAUGCCCAGGGGGCCGACAGUGUGGAGCCCAUGUUCAAGCACCUGAAGUACACCUACCAGGGCCUGCAGCUGGUGGUCGUCAUCCUGCCCGGAAAGACCCCAGUAUAUGCGGAGGUUAAGCGUGUGGGAGACACAGUACUGGGCAUGGCCACCCAGUGCGUCCAGGUGAAGAACGUCCAGAAAACCACCCCCCAGACCCUCUCCAACCUCUGCCUGAAGAUCAACGUCAAGCUGGGGGGCGUCAACAACAUCCUGCUACCGCAGGGCAGGCCCCUGGUGUUCCAGCAGCCUGUCAUCUUCCUGGGCGCCGACGUCACCCACCCUCCUGCUGGAGAUGGAAAGAAGCCCUCCAUCGCUGCUGUGGUAGGCAGUAUGGACGCCCACCCCAGCCGGUACUGUGCCACGGUGCGGGUCCAGCAACACAGACAGGACAUCAUCCAGGACCUGGCCACCAUGGUGAGAGAGCUGCUCAUCCAGUUCUACAAGUCCACCCGUUUCAAACCCACCCGAAUCAUCUACUACCGCGACGGCAUCUCCGAAGGCCAGUUUAACCAGGUGCUGCAGCACGAGCUGCUGGCGAUCCGUGAGGCCUGCAUCAAGCUGGAGAAGGACUACCAGCCCGGCAUCACGUUCGUGGUGGUCCAGAAGAGACACCACACCAGGCUGUUCUGCAUGGACCGCAACGAGAGGGUGGGCAAGAGUGGCAACAUCCCAGCUGGCACCACGGUGGACACCAAGAUCACCCAUCCCUCCGAGUUCGACUUCUAUCUCUGCAGCCACGCCGGCAUACAGGGCACCAGCAGGCCGUCUCACUACCACGUCCUCUGGGACGACAACCACUUCACCUCCGACGAACUGCAGGUGCUCACCUACCAGCUGUGCCACACCUACGUACGCUGCACGCGCUCAGUCUCCAUCCCUGCGCCAGCCUACUACGCCCACCUGGUGGCCUUCCGCGCCCGCUACCACCUGGUGGACAAGGAGCACGACAGUGCGGAGGGAAGCCACACGUCGGGGCAGAGUAACGGGCGUGACCAGCAGGCUCUGGCCAAGGCGGUUCAGAUCCACCAGGACACCCUGCGGACCAUGUACUUCGCUUGAGCCCCCCCCUCCCCCGGCCGGGGCCUGGUCUUCCACCCCUCCCCCCUCUCAGGGCCGGAGGGGGACGGCUCUGUGGGUUUGUGUCGCCUCACCCUCACCCAUCUGGAAGGGGCCAGCAGCCCCUCACACAAAGAAAAUAGUGUCAUACGAAAAACCAUGAUUUUCAUAAUUGUAUUUAAAGGCCACACAUGCAAACCCUGGUAUCCAUCACCCCCUCACUCCAGCCCUCUGGGAUAUUAGGCUGUAAAAUGUAAAAGCUCAACAAGGGAUUUGGGGACAGGGGGUCUUAUUUUACAUGUUUGUACAUUUGUGUGUAUUUGUAUAUUUAGGGGGUUAACCUGUUUACAAAGUAUGAGCAGAGGAGGAGAAAAAGGAUAUGUAUUAAUUUCUUACUUUGAUGGAAAUAUUAGAACUAGUCUAGAGGACCGGACCAUCAUGUUUUUCAAACUAGUUUCUUAGUUUCCCCCAUAUAGUGUUUAUAUUUUUGUUUGUGUUUCUAUAUUUGAUUGAUUGGGGCGUGGCAGUCGAUUAGGUGUGGCUAUCAGAGAAGGAACCAAUGAGAGUUUUUAAUCGCUCUAUUCGAAUCACAGCUAUUAUUUAUCAGCCAAUCAGAGCAGAGUGCACUGACCAAAUGAAUUCCUUAAUCGGGACACAAGUACUUAACGAGUAAUUGGUUGAUUCCACAACGGCACCCCCUGUAGGUCUUCAUUUGAAUGUACAACUAUGAAUUUCAAGGCAUGCGAUCAGCAGCCUUUAUAGUAUUUGUCCUCAAUCAACACUGGUGACCAACACACAUUGUUCGGAUGUGUCCGGUGACGACCAAGCAAGCGAUUUACAUACGUUUUCAACUGUAACACUUAUUUACACAGGUGGACUACUAACAAAUAUUAUUGGAGGAGGGAGAGAGGAGUGGUGUUCUGUGAUAGGCUGUCAGGGAGAGGACUGAGGGGGGACUGGUUCCCAACACGAUGCCUCUCUGAUUAUCCUGAUCGUCAGGGGAGCUGGCUGCAUUCAAACCUUCAUGAUGUUGAGAAUAUUGCGUGUCACUAUCUCUUUUAAAACUAUUAAUAACUUUUAAUCAUCUAUGAAUAUGCAUGUUACAACUUCAACAUUUGCGUUUUAGACGUUUCCCCUUUUUUUUUAGGUCUGAUUUUUUUUGGUGUCUAAUGUGGGCUGUGAUCAGGCCCUAGCUAGGCUGGGGAGGGUCUCAUACAGCAGGAGUCUGGGGGCCUGAACGGUACAGGAGAGAGGGGGUCUGGCACAGCUUCUGGUCUGACGAAAGAAAAGCUGUCCUACUUGGAUAAGCAACUUUGAUCAUUUCAAGAACGUGUCCUAGUUAAGUCGUCGUGAUGGGGAACAUGGAUUGUUGCGCUUGGUGUUGGUUUUAUGCAAAACUUUUUUUCCUGGGACUUUGUAGCAUAAUCGUGUUCGAGGGUUUUUCCAAUGAGCUUGUAGAAGAGAUUGUUACAACAAUUUUUAAAAGCAUUUUUUCUUUUAUAAUGACAGGCCCAUAGUUUAAAAGUCAAAUUAUUUACACACAAAACUCAUAGUUUAAAAGUCAAAUUAUUUACACACAAAACUCAAUGCAAGAAAUGUAUUGCCUUCCAGACUGUCCUUUAAAUCUUACUAAUCUAGUGCUUGUUCCCUUCUACCUAAGUACAGUUAUAGCUGCAGAUUGUUCAUAUGUACUCAAGAUGGGGGUGGGGG